UUUAUUGGAAAGUUUUGCCUACAAUCAAAGAGCUUGUUUGUACAAGUACAAUCAAUACAUAAAAUUUAAACUCUUUUUUAUUUGGUACUCACUUCCCACAAUUUUGUUUGUCUUUUUUGGUUAUCUUCUGGAGUACUUGCCCAUUUUUAUUUCUUUAACAUUUCCUAAAAGGCAUCCCUUCAGUCAACAUUUGCUAUUUUAAGUUCAGAAAACCCAUAAAGACUGGACCUUUCUGUUCUCAGUGAAAGAGUAGCUGUUUAUGUGUAUGUUCUCAUUAGUUUCAGGAAUCAUUUUAUUACCUCAUUAUUAUUAAGUGGGUCUUAGCUCUAGACAUCAAAUCAAAUCUAUUAUAGUGUUGCAUUUGGCACAUCUGUUAGGUUACUGGCACAAAUCAACAACACCCUUUUUCUUGCUGGACUUCAUAAUUUUUGCAAAUUGAACACAUCUUUUUUGAAAGUUUCAGUCUCUAUUGGAAAAAGUUCAGAGUUUCUCCUCUACUUAGUAGGUAAUGUGAAAAGGUUUAAGUAGAGGACAAUGCAAGAAAGUUUUGAUUUUUAUGUCAGGAGUACUUCCCAAUCAUGUGGAUUGCAAGAAAGUUGUAAUUUUUAUGUAAUUGGUGGUAGAGUUUGAUUCAAUUGUGGGAUAGAUCAAUUUGAAAUUUUUUUUCACUGGGAAUGGAAGAAGGUAACAAAGAACUUCGGUCAUUGGCCUUGACACCAACAUGGUCUGUUGCUUCUGUAUUGACUAUAUUUGUUGCUGUUUCACUCCUUGUCGAGCGAUCCAUUCACCGCUUAUCUAAUUGGUUGCAGAAAACCAAUAGAAAGCCAUUGUUUGCAGCUGUCGAGAAAAUGAAAGAAGAGUUGAUGCUUCUUGGAUUCAUUUCUCUCCUACUCACGGCAACUUCCAGCAUCAUAUCUAGUACUUGCAUACCGUCAAAGUUUUACAAUAAUGUAUUUGCUCCAUGUACAAAGUCUGAAGUUGAUGAAGAAAUGGAGAAUAAAGAUUUGAAGGAGCGUAAACUUUUGAUGGCUUUUACUCUUCAGAGGAGAGUAUUAAAUACCUUCAAUCAAAACACCUGCGGAGAGAAUCAUGAACCAUUUGUAUCAUAUGAAGGCCUAGAGCAGCUGCACCGCUUCAUCUUCGUCAUGGCCAUUACUCAUAUAUCUUACAGCUGCUUGACAAUGCUGCUGGCGAUUGUUAAGAUCCACAGUUGGAGGAAAUGGGAAGAUCAAGCUCAAAUGGACAGACAUGAUGUGCUAACCGAAAUUUCUAGAGCCAAGACAUUCCGAAGGCAGUCGACUUUUGUCAGAGUUCACACAUCAAGUCCUCUUGCCAGGAAUCAUUUCCUUGUUUGGGUGACCUGUUUCUUUCGGCAGUUUGGCCGCUCAGUUGUUCGUGCCGAUUACCUUACUCUACGCAAGGGUUUUAUCACGAAUCACAACCUUACAUCAAACUAUGAUUUUCACAGCUAUAUGAUUCGCUCAAUGGAAGAAGAAUUUCAAAGAAUAGUUGGUGUAAGUGGCCCUCUCUGGGGAUUUGUGGUGGGUUUUAUGCUGUUCAACGUGAAAGGAUCAAAUCUGUAUUUCUGGAUAGCGUUAAUUCCUAUCAUUCUUGUCCUACUCGUGGGUACAAAACUGCAGCAUGUAAUCGCAACCUUGGCAUUGGAGAGUGCCGGAUUUACUGGCUCAUUCUCAAGGGCAAAGUUAAAACCACGAGAUGAACUUUUCUGGUUCAAGAAACCAGAAUUACUUUUGUCCUUGAUUCAUUUUGUCCUUUUUCAGAAUGCAUUUGAGCUAGCUUCAUUUUUUUGGUUCUGGUGGCAAUUUGGGUAUAACUCAUGCUUCAUAAAGAAUCACACACUUGUGUAUCUACGACUAAUUAUGGGGUUUGCUGGACAAUUCCUUUGCAGUUAUAGCACCUUGCCACUCUAUGCUCUGGUUACACAGAUGGGUACAAACUAUAAGGCUGCAUUGAUUCCACAGCGAAUAAGAGAAACGAUCCAUGGAUGGGGAAAGGCAGCAAGAAGGAAAAGGAGGAUGCGCAUGUACCCAGAUGAUUCAACUGUGCGCACUGAUACAAGCACAGUGAUUUCACUCGAGGAAUACGAUAACCAGUUGGUUGAUAGCCCUCGAACAGUCCAUGGUGCAGAUACUGAAAUUGAGCUACAGCCGCCAUCAAUUGUCACGGAUGAUCAUCAUUCAGUAACAAUUAACGAAACUUCAAGUCGUGUUGGUACUCCUCUCCUUCGGCCCUGUGCCUCUAUUUCUUCCGCAGCUUCCCCAAGAUUUCCACAUGAAGUAUUAGCAAGAUCAUCUUCAAUGCCUGCUAGAGGAGAUUUGGGUAAAGAUUAACCGCCACAGCAAAGUUGAACAUGACAUGGAGUUGGUGUUAAUACUUUUGCAGGCUGUUUAACUUGGCAUAUAACAAUAUACUUGGAAAAUGCUUACAUGUGAAUGUGUAUCAAAGAAAAUCUGCAGAUAGUAAAGAAUAGUUUUUAUAGUUACAAAAAUAUUUUCUCUCAAACGCUUUAUAUAACCGCUGUUUCUCUAUCUAGUUUCCCUUGUACAAUCAGUUAGACGUAUGAGAUGGCUAGGUAAGAUGGAGCACCUUAAAGCUUGCAUUGCUUAUUUUUUCCCUUAAAUAGUUAACGGUUCAACUUAUA